CACUGGGUUUGGGAAAAUAGACACGCUUUGGGCAAACCUGGUGAUGCCAUCCAAGAGAGCAGUAGGCAUGAAGACAUGGCACAGGCUUUGGUGAGUCUGAGCCAACACGCGUGGAAGCCCAGCCUGCUGCUGCUUGCAUCUUGACUGCUGUUGCCCAAUGCAAAAUGCAUGACACAACCCAGAUCUCGGCUCGCAGAGAAAAACUUGAAAGAACAAACAUACCUUGUCACAUUCCCCAUUCAAGCACCGGCGUGAGGCCACCCCUUGCAGCACAAGAUGUGUUUUGCCUUUUCCAUGGGACCAGACCCAGGAGGGAAACCUGAAGAAGAGACGACGUAUCGCAAGAGUCUGCUUAUUGUGGUGAUGUCACCUCCUUGGGGAACUUGUUCCUCUACAAAUCCCAAUCCAGACUGGAGCUAAGCUCUCCCCUGAUCACCCCGAGGGAAUCCUCCCACAGGAUCAACAGGAGGUGGAGGGUAGGAAAACAUAUAAAGGUCCCUGGCACAGCUCUCCUUUACUGUCCCAGCUGCACGGAUUUGCUCUCAGCAUGAAGACACUUCUGGUUGGGCUCCUGCUUGGCCUGGCAUACAUGGAAUUGGCUCAGUCCUUACUAUGUUACACGUGCAAGGAACCAACAGACAUCGCUAAGUGCAGAACAGCCACCCUGUGCCCCCCGAAAGCCAAUGUGUGCACAACAACGCUGCACUCCGUAGACUCAGGUUACCCCUUUUUUGGCAACAUCACUGUGACCAGAAGCUGUGAGGAGGAAUGCAUCUCCAAUAACGGGAUAGGGGCGAACAGACCCAAGUCAUGCUGCUACACCGACCUCUGCACGGAAGAAACCAGGAACAGCAAUGGGGUGGGAAGCAACUCUGCAACGCUGGGUCUGAUGGCCAUGGUUGUUGGCACGCUCCUCCAGUGUGUUCUGUAACGCUGCAAGUUUCCGUGCUCCAGCCAAAACAUCCCCACCCCUCUCUCUGCCAAGCUGCCUUGUGAACUCUUAGAUGCCUUGGAAAUAACCUUCUUCGCUGAAGUCUGGUUUCACCCAUCUUCAGUGCUGUGAAUUCAAGUGGAUUCAAGCCAAGAGCUUGGGCACCUGGACCUAAAACGCUCAAAUUUCCAUUUUCCAGCUGCUAAGUAGAUAUUCCUCACCUUCAGCUGCUUCUGGCCCCCAGGACCCACAUCUCUCCCUACAGCUUUCCUCUGUGGGGAGCAGUAGUGGAUGACGUGCUGCAGCUCUGCGCAGCAGGAGGAUCUGGGCAGUGCCAUCAAGGUUGGUGCUCUGGGGUCAUCCUCAGCAAGAGCAGGGGCUGUACGCACAUUGGACGCAGACAGUGCUUUUUUUUCUGAGGUCUCCCUAAGCUCCCACACAACCUGUGCCUGUGCACAACCCCCAGAAAAAUCCUGCAACCCUCCGCCAAGAGCUUGACUUAUUUUCUUUUGGCUUUUGGUGCCACCUCCUGAAUCAGACAGCAGAUGGAUGUGGCCCCUGCUCACUACAGGCUCAGCAGAGUGUGGUUUGCAAUUGCAGAGUGCUGGCACUUAGUUCUGUCUAUAAUAAGCUAUGGAAUGAGCUCAGAAGGGCUCAGCCUUCAUGUGCUGAGAUGGGAUGUAUUUCUGGAAAGCUCAAAACAUGCCCUGGACUAACAGGCCAGGGCAGGAUAGACCUGCAAAAGAAAAUUUGGGAGUUUGGCUAGCCAAAACCCUCAGCCUGAGCUUGGGUUGCAAUCAGAGCUCCUGGAUUUCCCUUCUCAGAUGUUUUACAGACCAUUUCAAGCAACAACUUCUGUUACUCUGCCCUCCUCCAUCCCUUCACAGCAGGGACUGCAGGAAAGGAAAUGUAAUGAUUAUCCCAGACCUUCAACUCUGAGAAAAGCCAAUAGCUUCACUCACGCUGCUUAACAGCACUACUGGGUCCCAGCUGGAGACUUGCUCCAUUCUCCCUUGGAGCAGCUGUGAGAUUGAUUUUGAUACCCUGCCUGUUGUAAAACCAGACAGAGUGGAAGCGGAUACAAGUGAGCCAGGCUUGCCCAGCUCACAGUCCCCGCCAGUGGGACAACCUGCAAAAGCAAGGGCAGAGCGGAGCAUGGGUGCAUCCCAUGUACCAUCCUUGCGCAUCAUGAUAUCCCUGCGACCUCCUCUGUGGCAAAGUCCAUUUUUACCCUGUUUCCAUAAGACACCAGGUAACAGAAUAAGCAGGGGGACUUUUUUUCUUCAUUGCACAGAGGUAAUUGUUUCUCAAGGUCUGUCUCGGUACCAUUUGCAAGAAAACUUUGAUGAGGCAUUGCAUUCCUUGGCAGAUGGCCCCAUUCAAGCCUGGGGCUCAGGAGGUUGAUAAGCCCCUUUUUUUUCUGGAGGCAAAAUGCUCCAUGCUUCACUAAAACUGCUACAGCUUUCCUGAGACCCCCUUUCAAUGCUGAAGUCUACAGGGAGAAAAAAUGUAAUUGAGAGAAUAAUGAUUGGGAGCUCCUCAAAUACUGAUAUUACACCCUUGCAGACACAGAGCACCAGCCUCUGCUUCCUACUCCUCUGUUCCUCUGCUCCAAAAACAGUCUGAAGUGUCGUGCCAGAAGCAAACCACCAUCACUACCAUCCUUAGAUCACAUCACCACUUGCAUCCUGGGUUCAAGCUCUGGAUUAAGUCUCUGUCCCUGGUGGCCUGUCCACACUGGCUGCAGGGUCCUGUGCUGUGCUAACCUGGGCUGAACUUUCCUCCGUCUGCACAUGCAGAUGGGGCAGGGUUGAGAUACAAAGGGAGGGUGAGGGUUCCCUUCUGGCUGUGAAUCUAGCAAAUAAAG